CGGAGAUCCGCAGGAGCGCAGGAGUUACCUCUCCACUUUUCCUCUUUUUAUCCGAAUCUGACUUCACCUGCGACCAGCGGCUUUUCAUCCAGUCUGCGUCUGGCAGGUUUUUCCUCUCUGAGGCGUUUCUUUAUAGAAAACCACCAAAACGGAGCCGAACGAGGAAGACGGACAACGACCCUCCCUCACUUCUGCAAUCAUGAUGUCGAUGAACAGCAAGCAACCUUUCAGUAUGCACCCCAUCCUCCACGAACCCAAAUACACGCCUCUGCACUCCAGCUCGGAGGCCAUCCGCAGGGCCUGCCUGCCCACGCCGUCGCUUCAGGGCAACAUUUUCGCCGGCUUUGAUGAGACGUUGCUGCAGAGAGCCGAGGCUCUGGCCGCCGUGGACAUUGUGGCCCAGAAGAGCCAUCCGUUCAAGCCAGACGCGACCUACCACACCAUGACCACCAUGACCAGUAUGACCUGCACCCCGACGUCCUCCUCCGCGCACCUGCACCACCCAUCGGUGCUUACCUCCCACCACCACCCGGCGCAUCAUCAGCCGGCGCAGGGUCUAGAGGGCGACCUGCUGGACCACCUCACACCGGGCAUCUCCCUUGGAGGCAUGCCCGGCUCGGACGUCUGCUCCACGGCCUCGCACACCGCCCACGCUGCGGCCCACAUGUCAGCCAUCAACCACAUGCAGCACCACCACCAUCCACAGUCCAUGAACAUGCACCCACACGGACUGGGGUCCCACAGCUCCCUUGGGACCGCCGGUGGAGACGCGGAACCCGAUCCCCGGGAGCUGGAGUCGUUCGCAGAGAGGUUCAAACAAAGGCGGAUCAAACUCGGGGUGACCCAGGCGGACGUGGGCGCUGCCCUGGCCAACCUUAAGAUCCCCGGGGUCGGAUGUCUGAGCCAGAGUACCAUCUGCAGGUUCGAGUCCCUGACUCUGUCACACAACAACAUGGUGGCCCUGAAGCCAAUCCUGGAGGCCUGGCUGGAGGAGGCGGAGCGGGCGCAGAGGGAGAAGAUGUCCAAGCCGGAGAUCUUCAACGGCGGAGACAAAAAGAGGAAACGCACGUCUAUCGCAGCCCCGGAGAAGCGCUCUCUGGAGGCUUAUUUCGCCGUACAGCCGAGGCCCUCUUCGGAGAAGAUCGCCGCGAUCGCCGAGAAAUUGGACCUGAAAAAGAACGUGGUCCGGGUUUGGUUUUGCAAUCAGAGGCAAAAGCAGAAACGAAUGAAGUUUUCUGCGACGCACUAAGACCAGGGGGCAAACCAGUGGGUCUCUGCCCCGUUUAUAAAAAGACAAAUCAGAGACAAGCUGCUGUUGCACACUGUCAGAAAAACAAGGUACACCGUUGUGCCUUUUGUUACUGGGGCUUCACCUGCUUGACACCCAGCCAGGGGCCCGUAGGUGCGCACUUAAAAACAUACAUUCAUCUUAACAAGUCAUUUAAUCUCUUAUUGAGUCUUAAAGUCCUUGACUCUUUUCUUUUACCAUAAAAGUUUCUUAUUGGGUGAUUUUUGCUUUCCUGAGUUCCUGAGAUGAAACUGCAUCUAACAUGUAAGAUGCUGCAUCACCUCAUUGGCUGAAUUCGUCAUUUAUUGAGGAAAAAAAACAUGUUUUCUGACUAAUUAUGGACUAAAUGUCUUGUUAAGAGUAAAACCAGUGUUGUCCACCUUGUAAAGGAGCAGCAUUCACAGCCGUGUUUUUGCACCAGUGCCUGAAUUCAAGCUGUGGAAACGAUUUCACAGAAAGUAUUCAACACAGGCCGCGACGUCUGUGGCGUGUUUCAGUUGUAUUUUAGAGACACUGAUAGGUUUGGAUGUGGGACACCUGACGACCAUUCUUCACUCAGUAUAAACAGGAACUCUCUCUUUUUUGUUUAAUCGUUUUGUGGAGGGUCCAGCCUCAAGCGGCGACAGAAACAACCGGAUUCAGCGGUGUACCUUUUUUUUUUAUUCUGACAGUGGAGACGGAGCACCGGGGACUGGGAGAAAGACUGAGACCCUGUCCAAAAACUCAAGACUCUCAAAUCUCUAUGCUUCUCCACAGUAUAGGCCGACUCUCUCUGAGAGAUGGGAGAAAGUGAUCAACAUCGCGACAGAAAAAGAGGGAGGAGGGGAGGGGAGGGGGGGCAAUGCUCCGUCCCAUUCAUUCAUAUGGCAAUUAUUGUACAAAAAAUAAGAAUAAUAAUGACGGGAAUCGAGGAAUAAUUGUUAUUAUCCUCCUUAGUUGGAAUAGCUUUUUUAUAUUUAUCAUUGUACAUAUUUGUGAAUAUGUUGCACCUCCGUGUGUGGAAAAGCUCAUUGAAAUGUAUUGAAUUUUUGCUGUCUUUUCUCCCAGGUGUUUGUUUCUGUAGGGAAUUUAAUGGUUUUUGGGGACAGAUCGGAGCACACGAGUGAAAACUUCGAUCUGUUGCUAAUAUAUGAGGCACAAUAACUACUGUAACCCAUUGCAUGGUUUACUCGUAAGAGGGAGAGGGGUGUUUUCUGUGCGUCUACGGCUCCAAAAAUACGAAACUAACCCCCCCGAAGUGAAUGCAUUGCAAUAAGAAGAAACACAAACACACGCACGAUUACACACAUUCACACGGUAUAGCUGUGUGUCUACCUCAUUACGCAAGUGUUGGCACGUUCAUGGUGAUUUAAAAACACACACACGCUAAAAAAAAAAAAAAAGAGGAGUAGGAUCAUGAUUUUGUUUUUUUCCAAUGUGUUUUUUCUUUUCGUUCCUCUUCCACCGGUUUAAUGGUGAAUUAGGCCUAGAAGACUCACUGAUGUGUAAACCUGUUGUAUGUUCAAGUUCACUGCAAUGAUGCUUUGACAAUCAAAUUAUUAUUAUUAUUAUUAUUAUUAUUAUUAUUCAUAGGUUGUUGAUCUCCCCCCUUUGUGUCCUCAUGAAAACGCAUCUUUUUGCAUAUUAUUAUUAUUAUUAUUGUCACUCACACCUUUGUGGAGCGCACUUUGUAGAUAUUCUGAUGAAGGGAAAUAGUCGGCCUUAUUUAUACAUAUUUUUUCACCACUUCUGAGAAAACUUUAAGUUUUGUUUUGUUUUCUUUAUAUUGCCCUUAUUUAUUUAAACUUAAUUUAUUUUGGAGAAGAAGA